AUGGGGGCCUUAGGCCACUGGCCUUUACAAGUAUCAACAAGGACUCGGCAGCCCGGCAUCCUCAUCCUCAUCCUCGCCUUCGCCGCCAUUCUCCUGACCAUACUCACCGGCCGGCGCAUAUACUCAUCCGAUGAAGCCUCGGUUGUCCCUUUCAGCCAAUUGAGCGGUCCCACUCUCACGCCCACCGCAGCGCCAACUCUAUCUCCUCAGCAUCCACAUGACGAUGAUCGGACAGCGGCGAUACGAGUAGAUAAGACUCUGUCUACCUUGGUUGAAACGAUCGAGCAUACGGCCAUGUACUACGACUUGUACAAGUUAAAAGAACCUUUCGACCAGCACUUUGGUGAGAGAGGCCAGCGCGCCGUCGCCAUACGGAAAUGGAUCGAAAUCGCCGACUCGCUCCCCGCGAGCGAUGAGAAGGCCCGGAUUGAAGAGGCAGUCGAGAAAGCUAUAACCGCAACGUUCCCUUACCUCUCGAACCCGCCAAACGGGUCUCGGACCCCCUUCAAGAGUCUCCGGGAGAGCUACAUCACCGAUGGCAAGAAACGCGGUAGUCGAGGCAUCGUCGUCCCCGUCGGGAAGAAAAAUCUCCGCAUGGCAUGCCAGCUCGUGGCCUCAGUCACACGCGUCCACAAAUCCUCUCUUCCCAUAGAGUUAGCCUACGCCGGAGACGAGGACCUAGGGCCCGAGGAGCGACACCUCGUCAAGGAGUUGUUUCCGAAUGAAGACGUGUCCUUUCUCAACGUCCUAUCCGUGUUUGAUGAUUCGACUCUGGCUCUGGGAACGGGCGGGUGGGCCAUCAAGCCUUUCGCGCUUCUGGCGAGCCGCUUCGGAGAAGUCAUCCUCGCGGACGCAGAUACCGUCUUCGUGAAGAAACCCGAGGCCAUCUUCCGCCAGAAGGGAUACAAACGAAAAGGCGCGCUCAUGUUCCACGAUCGACUCAUCGACAAAGAGCGCGAGGAAGUCGGCAAGUCCCUCUCUUGGACGGAGAAUUACGCCGAGGAAGCCGACUCGGGCAUCGUCAUGGUGAAUAAGGGCCGCCUCGACGUUCUGAUGGGCAUGCUUCACGCGGGAUGGCAAAACUCGAGGGAUGUGCGGGAGAAAGUGACGUACAAGGUUACGUACGGCGACAAGGAGUCGUACUGGUUUGGUCUCGAGCUAACCGAGGGUCCUUAUGAAUUCGAGAAGUACUACGGUGGUAUCGCGGGGUGGAUGGGUACACGCGAGGGUCCGGCGGCGGUGAAGGCUCCGCAGGUUUGCUCGUACGUCAUUGCGCAUCCUGACGAUGACGAGAAGGGCCUGUUGUGGUACAAUGGGAGCUUGUUGAAGAACAAGGUCAGCGCGGAUAGGGAGUAUCUUGUUCCGUCGCAUUGGAUGAUUAACGGGACGUGGGAUAAGGGCUUGAGACCUCACUUUAGCUGCAUGAAGGGCGGGAUGUUGUUUGAGAUUUCGGAGAAGGAACGGAGGAUUUUGGAGAAGUCUGUGGAGGAGGCGAAGAGAUUGGAUACGGUAUUUGAUCGGAAUGAUUCGAAGGCGAAGGGCUCAUAG